UCGAUCGUCCGCGACGCGCUCGGAUAGAAAUAAAAAAGAAUUGAAAGAUCGCGACGACGACGGACGACGACGGGGCGGGACCGCGGUUCGCGCGCAGUUUCGAAGCCGCGUACCCCGCGAAAUAACGUGCGCGUUCCAACGUCCUCGCUGAAUCGCUGCUCCCGCAUUCCUUUCCGGAGCCGCGUGAAUCCCCGUGGAAUUUCAGUCACGUCACUCGACUGAAAAUUCGUCUCUUCUGCCGGUUCGAUCGUUCCACCUGGCUCGUGCUACGAUCCUGUCAAAGAGCACGGCGACACACGUCCAGAGGACAGACCGAUUGACACAAAAUGCCGGAUACUUUCACACGGAGGUCGAUUUAACGCCGUUCCAAGAUGUAUGCCGACUGGCAAAAGGGUGAACUGGUGUGGUUCGACCCCGGUGUCGGCCAUGUGCUGCCAGGCGAGGUUCUGGAAUACCACAGAGCCGCCAAUGUACUUUCGGUCCAAGCGGUGAUCGCCGGGAAGCCGCAAAUCUUCACUCUCACCAACCUGAGCGGAGUGAAGCCCAGGCAGGACUUGGGUCAAAAUGGUGUGGAGGACAUGAUUCAGUUGACGGAUCUGAACGAGGCGUCGUUAUUAUGGAACCUGAAGAUCCGUUACGACAAGGAAUUAAUUUACACGUACACAGGAAGUAUCCUCGUGGCGGUGAACCCGUACAAAAUGUUCGACAUCUACGGAUUGGAUCAAGUGAAGCUUUACGAGGGACGAAUCCUUGGUACACUCCCACCGCAUUUAUUCGCCGUGGGCUCUUCCGCGUACAGUCAGGUGACUGCAGCCAAUAACUCCAGUGCCAAUCAGGUGGUCGUCAUUUCCGGCGAGUCUGGCUCGGGAAAGACGGAGUCUACGAAGUUGGUGAUGCAAUAUCUCGCGGCCGUCAAUCGCGCGCCGAACAAUCUCGUCACCGAGCAAAUUUUAGAAGCGACGCCGCUCCUGGAGAGCUUUGGGAAUGCAAAAACGCCGCGGAACGACAAUAGCAGUCGAUUCGGGAAAUACCUGGAGGUUCACUUCAGAGACGGCGCGAUCAUAGGCGGUAGAAUAACGCAAUAUCUUCUAGAAAAGAGUAGGAUAGUAACUCAGGCUUCGGAGGAGAGGAACUACCACGUGUUCUAUGAACUUCUAGCUGGACUCGACCAGCAACUCAGGGAUAAAUACGGCCUGCUUACACCGGACAAGUAUUUUUAUUUAAACCAGGGUGGAAACUGCGAGAUCGAUGGCAAGAGCGACGUGCAAGAUUUCAAGGCGCUCUUGUCGGCCAUGCAGGUCCUCGGCUUCUCGUCCGAGGAACAGGACACGAUUUUCAAGAUUCUAGCCAGCGUGCUGCAUCUGGGGAACGUUUACUUUCACCGGAAGCAAAUGAGGCACGGCCAGGAAGGCGUGGAAGUCGGUUCCGACGCUGAAAUACGCUGGGCGGCGCACCUUCUUCAAGUAAAUUCCGAUGGCAUCAUUCGAGCACUCACUACCAAGACGACAGAAGCACGGAAUGAGAGAGUCUUCACGGCUUUGAAUAUUGACCAAGCCCUCGAUGCCAGGGACGCUUUCGCGAAAGCGCUAUACAGCUCGCUCUUCUCGUGGCUAGUCGCGCGCGUCAACCAUAUCGUCUAUAAGGGCACAAAGCAGACGGCCGCCAUUUCGAUCCUCGACAUCUUCGGUUUCGAAAAUUUCACGGAGAACAGUUUCGAGCAGCUAUGCAUCAACUACGCGAACGAGAACCUGCAGUUCUAUUUCAACAAGCACAUCUUCAAGCUCGAGCAACAGGAGUACGCGAAGGAGAAGAUUGAUUGGACUACCAUCAACUAUACGGAUAACUUGCCGGUCAUCCACCUGAUCGCGAAAAAACCGGUGGGCAUUCUUCACCUGCUAGACGAUGAGAGUAACUUCCCUAAAGCGACGGAUCUUUCUUUCCUGGAAAAAUGCCAUUACAAUCACGCGCUGAGCGAACUGUAUUCCAGGCCAAGAAUGAACUCCGCCGAGUUCGCGAUCAGGCAUUACGCCGGACAGGUCUGGUACAAUGUGGAGGGUUUUUUAGACAAGAACAGAGAUACCUUGAGACCGGAUGUAGUCGAGUUGCUGAUCAGUAGCAAGAUUUCGAUGGUUAGCAAGAUGUUCCAGCAUGUCAGAAACACUCACGAAGCUAAUAAAACUAUGAACAAACCGAAUGGCAGAUUUGUCACCAUGAAGCCGAGAACCCCGACUGUUUCGGCUCGAUUUCACGAUAGUCUUCAGCAACUCUUAGAAUCUAUGUCUCAAUGUAAUCCAUGGUUUGUUCGUUGCAUCAAGCCGAACACCGAGAAGGCACCGAUGAAAUUUGACAUGCCUUGUGUGCUUGAACAAUUAAGAUACACGGGCAUGCUGGAGACGAUCCGCAUCAGAAAAACUGGCUACCCAGUUCGCCUUCUGUUCGGACACUUUGUAGAUCGGUAUCGAUAUCUUGUCUCAACGCAUUUGCCUAGGGGAGCGCCCAACAAGGAACUCUGCAGAUUAAUUUUGGACAAAGCGGCUCCGAAAGAGGCGCAGUCGCAGUAUCAGCUCGGACUUACACGAGUAUUUUUACGCGAAUCAUUGGAGAGAGCCCUGGAAUAUAACAGAGCGUUGAUUCUGGAGAGAGCGGCCAUCACAGUCCAGAGAUACACAAGAGGCUUCUUGGCACGCAGAAGAUUCCUCAAUAUUUCUCGGAGCACAGUUCUGAUACAAGCGGUGUAUCGCGGUUACCGUGAACGUAAGCAGUUCCGUGCGAUGAAGAAGGGCGUUCUGAUGGCGCAGAAACUGUACAGAGGUAGGAAGCAACGAGAGACAUUUAAGAUAUUGAAGGACGAGAUGGUGAAGAGAGCGGAAAUCGAGAGAGCCAGUAAGGAGCGAGCGAAAGCGAAGCAGCAACGGGAGGAACAGGAAAGGACCUCGCGAGCUGUUGCCGGUGUAAAUCAUUUGGAAAUUCCCGCAGAACUAGCCUUUAUUUACAGCAAACUCGAUGAUUGGCAACCCACGCACACCGAACGAAAUCUCCUCAAGGUCGUCGGCCAAGUCAUCCCAAUGAACUACACCUACAAUCUGCCGCCCGACAUCGAUCAGUAUCAGUUCUCGAAGUUCACCAACAUUUAUUUCAAGAGUCACAUAUUCGGGAUGAAGCGCGAGCCGAUUAAGACGCCGUUCCUAGCGAAGGCUCGCGAUCAGGAUUACACGGACUCUCUGAUGAUCUUCAAAAUGAUAUUGCGCUUUAUGAAUGAGAGUAAUCUCAACGGCAAACGUGAACAAGCGUUGGGCGACUACAUCGUUAACAAAGGCAUCGUGAACGAGAAGCUGAGGGACGAGAUACUGUGCCAGUUGGCGAAUCAAACCUGGAAGAACGAGAACGACGCCAACAAAGAGAGAGGAUGGCUGCUGCUGUCCAAUUGCUUGUCGGCGUUCCAGCCCAGUGCCACGCUCUUCAAGUAUUUUCUGAAAUACGUCUCCGAUCACGCCUACGACGGUUACAAGGCUUACUGUCAACGCAAAUUGCUGCAAGGCGAGAGAACGGUAUACCGUAUGAUGAAUAAUAAUCAGCAGACGGUGCACCAAGUGCCUAGGAAUUAUCCGCCGUGCGUCCUAGAAUGGCGGGCUAACAGAAAUCGCGUAAAUAUGGCGCUCAACGUUGGUUUCUACGACGGUGAGACAACUACAUGCGCGAUGGAUUCCUGGACCACAUGUGAAGAGUUGGCCAAUCUCGCGGUUCGAAACCACGGAGUGGAGAACACCGGCUGGACCAUCACGCUCUGGAAUCAACUGGACGGCCCGGACGCCAUCGUGACGGAGACUAACGGUUUCGACUACGUCCUGGACUUGAUCUCGGAGAUGGAAUUGGCGCCAGCUUUCCCCGCCGCCAAGCACAUGUUCUUGGAACAGCGCAAGAACAGUCUGCCAUCCAUAAAGAAACGAGAACACGUCCAAGUUAUUCGGGAGUUGGAACAAGAAAUGGAAAUUCCUAUCUUAAAAACCUUCCAGCCUCUGGAAAGAAAAUCAGUGCCAAAACCAGUUGAUAAGCCUGUUGAGUUAGAAAUUCAGGUACCCAGGCGACCGGCAGUUCCUCCACCGCAGCCACCCGUUGUAAAACCACCCAUACGAAAGCAAUCGCACGAGGUCAUUUUGGACACCACGAUGGAAAUGGGGUUGUCGAGGAAAUCCGCUUUGAACGACCGCUAUUUCGAAAAGGAGAAACAGCGUAGCCGAAGUUUGGACAAUUUACUUCAAUCGGAAAUCAUAUCUUCACCGGUAAAACUCGCCAAUCUCGGGCUCUCUUCGUCCAAGUUGAAUGAACGGUAUCACAGUUUGGAAAGAAUAGGCGAAACUCCGGCGGUCAGUAACGUUGAAUACAUGACGCGUACUGAUAUCACGCAAGAGAGGAAGUACAGCAGGGUUACAAGGACAACGGAGCCCAACAUCGAGGAGGAGGAUCUCACGAUUGACUUUGAAUACCCGGAUAUUCAGUCCGUUAGUCAAACCGGAAGAUCGGAGGAUGAUAAGAGCUACAUAAGGUCGCAGACCAGGUUCAUCAAGUCGCAAUAUCCUGGCAAACGCGCGCUGCCGGGAAGCCAGUCUAGUCGCGCUUACAUCGAGAAGAGUGAAUACGGAGUAAAAUCGUCCGCCAUGUCGGACACCAGCGAAGCGCCUUCCUUGGCGUCGCACGUGCGACGCGUGAGAGUGCCCAGUCAAGCUUCUGACGUGGAUCAGUUUCUGGACGAGCUCUUUAUGCCCGUGUUGGACGGCAAUCUUGACGAACUGUCGGAUGCCCGCAGUUUGGCCGCUUCGAUAAAAGGUUCACAUGACACUAGGCCACCCGGCAACCAAACAGUUCUCGAGAAUUUACAGAGAAUCGACAAUCGAGCUACCAAAAUAGUCACGGUCGAUGACUUCGUUGAGGAGAUGAUAGCGAGAAACGAAAAUGUAAAUAUCAGCGCGAGCGAACUGUCGAAAAAGAUCAAAGGUGGCGGCAAUAUGGACAUUCCUAAUCAGAACGCGGCCUUCAACUUCAGUCCGAUCGCGCAGAGCAUGAUGUCACCGCCAAUGAUGAUGCCCAUGUUUAGCCCUACACAGCAGGUCCCCUCCACGCAGAAUACCAACAUGAGCAUGGGCGCGAGUUUCAUGCCCAUUCCGAUCUACAGCAUGCAAGGGCUUAGCUUACCACAGUACCCCAAUUCACCGCCCGGACAGAGCAACGACAUGGCGGCGUACCAACAGAAUCUUCAGCGAGCCUUCCUGCAGAGUGCAAUGGCGCAGAAUAUUCAAAUACAGCAGCAGCUGCUAGCACAGAAUCAGGCUCUGCAGCAGUUGUUGGUCCAAAGCCCGCAAAACUCGACACAGCAACCGGUCUCAUUUAGAGAACCCGACGACGGCGAAUUAUGGUCAACCGAGAAACGGGGAACCCCCUUGCUGACUUCCACUCCAACGAAUCGGCAGGAAACGAUGACGGUAAAGGCUCAAAUUCAUCGGUCGCAGAGUCCGCCCAGAAAGAAUGCCGAGACCGCCAGGAAGACGAGCGUCGAUUACGCGCGGAAGAUCAGCGUGGAUCGAAAAGUGGUAGAUAGAAAGCCGUCAUCGGCACAGGCGGACGUGAAGAGAGCCAAUUUAAACAAAAGUAACAUACAGAGCAACUUUACUAACGUACUCAGCGAGCUGAAGAACCGGAAGAGCAGCGUUGACAGCAAUCCUUCAAGUUUGAGCAAUAACAAGGGUGUUCCACCGCCCCCGCCGAUGCCUCCACCUUUGGAAUCUCACGAUCCUUCCGAAUCUAGACCGUUCCUCGAUCCGUACGGCAGGGCGAAGACAGUGCGUAUCGGGAAAUGGAGGUGGCCACCGCCUAGCGAUUCGAACGAGAAUCAAGGACAGGAUAGCUUCAUAGAAUUCAAAAUGCGUCAGCAACAACAGCAACGCAAGAUAACGCCGCAGUAUCAGGAGUACGACCAAGGCAAUGGUGAAGCUGCGACGGAAGGCGGUGUCGAGUGGGAAGAAUUCGAGAUUGAGAACAUCGUCAGCAACGAAGAUCGGUCCAUGAUCGCGCAUCCAUCAGCGACCGCGGCAAAACACGAGAACGGGUACAAAGAAGAAGGGGAGAAGAAGAAGAAGAAAUCGAAGUCGGCUUUGGAAGUGGGCGCGCAGAGACCGUCGCCGGGAAGUAUAGGGAAGUUGAAACUCAGCUCGGAGAUGAGGCAAAGAUUGGAGAAAGUAACGGCGAAUCAUAGCGUGAGAUCCACGAAGACGGCUGAGAAACCCGCUCUCCCGCGAGAGGACGGAAAGGUUAAACGGUUGGAAGAUAACAGGAAGCUCUUGUUGGAACAACAACUGGGUGGCAGGUGGGAUGAUUAUGCUUCCACUGUCGAUGACACCCAGAGCGUUACUUCUAAGGGCACUACCGAUAUGAUGACGCAAGCUCAGGUUGUGAGGACGCAGAUCGAGAGAAUGGAACGGCCUGUUCCGCCCCCGCCGCCUGUCACGCCGCCGCAGCCACCGAGUCCAAGAGGCGGCAGUGUGUACAGUAACAGCCAAUCCGGUGUGCCUCAGCCGCGAUCUCCGCCAGCGCCGAUCGAGCCGAAAACACGCGACUCCUUCCGCACGUCUCCGGACUCCGAGACCUACGAUCACUUCCCGAAGAAUCAGAUGUUCAGUCAAAGCCGCGACAUAUUCGCGUCGCAGCAACAUUUGCGCGACGGUCACGACUACCGAAACGACUUCGACAAGGCUCGCGCUCAGGACAAGUCCAAGGACUUCUACGGCAAGGACAGCACCGAUCUCGCGAGUUCGGUGCGCGAUCGCAGUUCCGACUUCGAUUCGCGCCGCGACCUCAACUCCGAGCUUUUUGACUCCAAGUACGCAUUCGACGGAUCGACCGGGAAGCGCGAUCCCUUCGGAAUGACCCGGGACGUGUCUCCUAAAUCCCGCGACAGCUUCGGAAUGCCGUCGCCGCGCGACUUCGGCGUGAUCCCGAAUACGAGGGAGUCCUUCACCGUCGCGCGGCAGAGUUUCAACAAUCGGGACGUGGACAGACGGUCGAGCGUGGCUUCAACUCACCGCACCGACAAGAUGGAGAGGAUCGAGAUCGAGGAGUGGCCGGAGUUUCUCAAGCCGGUAUUACCACCGGCGGACAAGCCGGAAAUCGAGAAGGUCCAGGAAGUGGUGAAUACCAAGCUCUACCCGCAAACCUCCAACGCGCAUUUCACAUAUAACAGAGUCACGUGGACCUUGAGAGUCAAGAAAGAGGUUUUCGCGCCUAACGAGACGCUGAAUAGCCCCCUGGCAUUGCACCUAGUGUUCUGCCAGGUUGCGUACGAUGUCCUUGCGACCUCCAGCAUAAGAAUCACCAAGGAGGACCGGCAGAACAUGCUAAAAAUGCUGGACAACUAUGGCGUCACUCUGGACAAUCUCCAGAGCACGCAACAUAAGAUCACGAUCAAGAAAAAUAUCGUGGAUAUGGCGAAACAGUGGCCGUUAUACUUCGCCCGAAUAUUUCCCGUAUCGAUCGGUCCUCAACACCCGGAGACACAACACGUGGCGGUGUCGCAUCACGGACUUCGUUUGAUCAAGCGCACGCUAAAUGGCGACCUGAUCAUCCUGGAGACCCUGCCGCUGGAGGACAUUGUCUCCGUGAAUUCGUCCAGGUCGGGAGUGUGCGUACUGCAGAUCGCGUCGGGUGUCAGACUGCCGCUGCACACGAAUCGCGCCCCACAGCUGUCGGAGAUGAUCGGCAGAUACAUCAGGCUGAUCGAUCAGAAACCACAUCAGAGGAUCAAUCAUCACGAGAAUCACGUGUCCCAAAUCACGAAGACGAUACAGUCGCAGGCGAAUCACGCGAAUCACAUUCAGUCCCACAACCAUUCCAAUCACGUAAUCACCGAACACGAGAAUCACGUACCGAUCGGUCGCGUGCCCAACCACGUGUCGGCCGUCAACCAGGCGAACCAUCAGAAAAACCUGCAAAACCAGCAGCUGAGCCCGAGCCAGGAGUGGCGGCAGCCGGAGGAUAAUCUCCGACUCCAGGAGGACGGCAUCUACGAGACCGGGCCGGUGGUCAACGACGGCAAGCAUUCCCUUUUGCAGUACGCCAUGCUGAACUUCCGUCAGAGCACAGAAAAAUUCGAGAUGUUGAAGACCGCGGACGGAUCGAUCAGCGGAUCCCUCAAGGUGAUCGAGUCGUUGAAGAGCAAGAAGAAGAACAAGAAGGGCAAGGGCCAGCAGGACGGCACCGAGUGGACCUGGAAGGAACAGGUGGACCUCGUCAAGUAUUCCACCGUCCCCAUCGAGCAGAGCUUGCUCAGGCUCGACGCGGAUCUGAGCGUCCUAGCCGUGGAGUGCUUCCUGUGCCUGAUGAGGUACAUGGGGGAUCAACCGUUGCCGCCUGAGACCAGCGAAGUCAAGUGUGUCUACACCAUCCUCAUGCACUGUCACAAAUACGAAUCGCUGCGCGACGAGGUUUAUUGCCAACUGAUGAAGCAGACCACCAAUAACAAGAGCCCGAAUCCGGAGAGCUGCCAGCGCGGCUGGCGGAUCUUCAGCAUCAUCGCCGCCUAUUUCACGUGCAGCGACGGCCUCAGGCCCUACCUGACGAAAUACCUCGAGACGGCGGCGUACGACAAGCGUCGCGCCUAUCACGGCACCGCGAUGGUGUGCCUGCAGAACCUGCGUAAGACCGUGAAGUACGGCGGGCGCAAGAACGUGCCCAGCGUGGAGGAGAUCAUGGCGAUCAGCGCGGGCAGGAACGCGAAGAGGCAGAUCUACCGGCUGCCCGGCGGCACCGAGCGGGUCAUUAACACGAAAUGCACGACUGUCGUGCAGGACGUUAUUGAGGAGAUGUGCAGCGUCAUCUCCGUGAGAAAUCCGCACGAGAUGGACGAGUUCUCGCUGUACUGCAUCGUCGACGGCGACGCGUUCACCAUGCCGUUGGCCAGGGACGAGUACGUCCUUGACGUGACUACGGAGCUCCAGAAAAACCACCAAGUGUUCUACUUAAUAUUUUGCAGAUCUGUCUGGUACUAUCCUUUGCGGCUGGACGCAGCGUUGUAUAUAGAAGUCGUGUUUAACCAAAUCGCUCCCGAUUACCUGGAGGGACUUUUGCUAGUCCUACCUGGAGAACAUUUACCUCAGGAAAUAAUUUACGACAUGGCGCAAAUAGCAGCGCUAUUACACAGAGCGGCUGACAUGACGCACGAGCCCGCGACGAAAGAGAUUAAAUAUCUGUUGCCAAAACCAGCGCUGAGUUUGAGGGAACCCAGGCCGCAACAAUGGUCGAACAUGGUCCAGCAAGCCUGGAAUAACGUUCAGCACUCUUCGGCGGCUGUUUGCAAGGCGCAGGUGCUCGAAAUAUUAUCCAAGUGGCCACUUUUCGGCUCGAGUUUCUUCGCGGUAAAGAGGGUACCCGAGGGCAAGGAAAAGGGCGCCGAUCACAUUCUCGCUCUCAAUCGACACGGAGUACACUUCAUAGAUCUGAUCACGCAUGAGACGCUGUACCAUUACCCCUACUCCGAGGUGAUCUCCACCAGGAAGGUCAAGUCCGAAGAGGGCACGCUCUACCUCGACAUGAAGUGCGGCAAUCUGAUGCAGCAGCGUAUCACUAGGCUGCAGACGGAGCAGGCCCAUGAGAUCUCCCGCCUCAUCAGACAGUACAUCACCAUGGAGCAGAGGACAUCCAACGCUCAAGGUGGUGCCGGUAUCGGGCUCGGCAUGAGAUAAGCAUCCUCGCCUAACGCGGCGCAUCCUCCUUCGCGACUGAUGAUAUCCGAUCCGGAUUAGUCAAUCUGCACAGGGCGGUAACCAAGCCCCUCGAUUAAUGUACCGUAACGUAUAGCGCGAUGCCGCGAGUGUAGCCAAUAUAAAUCACGGCAUUGUUCUUAACGUGACCUGCGUGAGGUAUACCGACCUUGAGUUCAAAAGCUACAUCGGGUACCAAGUGGGAUAAGCUCGUUCCAAUGUACCAGCCCGUGCCGUAACGGACGACGGUGCAGCUAAUCCGUCAUCAGGGAUAUUCGUAGGACUCGCUGGAAGGAAGGAUCGUGAAGGAGAAAAGAACGAAUGCUCAAGUAUCUAAAUCGUCCAUAUCGGGUGACUUGAAACGAUGGACUUGUAUAGCAUUUAUUUAUACGUUUUAACGAGUUUACACACAUAAAGAAAACACAGACAAGGCGUAAACGCGAAUAAAAAUUAUAUCAAUCGCGGCGGUGUAAUAUUAACACACUGAUAUUAACACACGUCCCGGAUGAGUGUUGAACAGAUGACUAACCAUGCAGCGAUUAUAUGUUAUCAUCAGAUUAUUAAUAAUAAUUGUACGUAUAUGCAUAUAGAAGUAUGAGAUGUGAACGAAGAUAUUAACUUUAUAUUGAAAUUUUUACGUGUAAAAAAAAAAACAGAUGUGUUAUUC